AAGGAGGAGGAAGAGGAGGAGGAGGAGGAGGAGGAGGAAAUAAUGUGAAAUGAAAGCGGUCCCUGAACGUCUCACUGACCACCUGUUGAUCCAGGACUGUCCCCGGCUCCGUCCCCGGCUCCGUCCCCGCGGGCCUGGACCCGUGUCCCCGCCGCGGUGUCAUGACUUCCCCCCGGCGGUGACUGAGUGAAAACAGUCCGCAUCACACGGAGCCUCGUCCGGCUUCAGUGGACCGGUGUUUUGCUUUAAUUCAUCCACAUUCACGGGCGGAAGCUCCGGGAAGGGUUACCGAGCACGGCGCCCUCUCCCCCCGCAGCUCCGCAGGGUGGCACCGCUGUCAUCUCGGCUUCUUCGCCGUGCGUGGACGACGUGGAGGCGGAUCGACACUAACCCCCCGCAGCCUCCGUGAACCAGCGCCGUGUUCUGCCUUCAUAUUUCCGGCGGUUGUUGGAUGUUUAGCUAGCAGCCGCAGAGGCGGGAAGACGCUCGCCCUCCGCCGGGCACCGCCGCUGGGUGGCACCGCCGCUGGCUCCGGUCCAGCCGGUGUGAUGCGUCCUCUUCUGGGCUGAGUCACGUCACUUUCACGCGGAAAACGGAGCUGAAAUCUCGGCACCGUUAGCAGCAGCAGCAGCAGCAGCAGCAGCCCGUGUUUAGCUUCAGAAGCUCCGGGACUCACACACCGAGCCCGGCGACCGACGCCGCGGCGACAUGAACGUCCUCGGCGGGAGAAUUCUCUAGAAGCCUGGGGUCACUUAGCUCUGGGUCAGGACUGGACCUGGUUCUCCUCGACUGUGUGGCUGUGUGUGCGGGGAAGACAUGGCCGACUCCGGCCAGGGCAAAGCGGCGGAGCCUGAGGCCGCGGACAGCCGGACAGCGAGCUCCGUGGCCGUGAAGAAGCGGGCCCAGCAGUCUCCGGGGUCCCGGGCCCAGCAGUCUCCGGGGUCCCGGGCCCGGUACCAGAGCUCCGCUCCGGGUCACUGCUUUAAGAAAGUGACUCUGACCAAACCCACGUUCUGUCACAGCUGCAGUGACUUCAUCUGGGGCCUGGUCGGCUUCCUGUGUGAGGUGUGUAACUUCAUGUGUCAUGAGAAAUGCCUGAAGACGCUGCAGUCUGUUUGUUCCUGUGUAGCGCCCUCUGCUGUCCAGGUGCCUGUGGCUCACUGCUUCGGUCCCGCGGGUCAGAAGAAACGUUUCUGCUGCGUCUGCAGGAAACAGACGGAGGGACACGCGGGGGAGCUGCGGUGUGAAGUGUGUGAGCUGCACGUCCACGCUGACUGCGCCGCCUUCACCUGCGCUGACUGUCGCCGCUCUCACCUGGACGGGAGCGUGGAGCAGCUGAGAGGUGAGAUGGACUUCCUGUCGCUGCAGGACACGUUCCACCACCACUGGAGGGAGGGGAACCUGCCGUCAGCGGCGCGGUGCGAGGCGUGUCGCCGCUCCUGCGCGUCCUCCGACGUCCUGACGGGGAUGCGGUGCGAGUGGUGCGGCGUCACGAGCCAUGCAGCGUGUUACCUCAGCGUGCCACCAGAGUGCGCACUAGGGCGCCUGCGUCACAUGAUGCUGCAUCCGACCUGCGUCCGCCUCGACUCCAGGAACUUCAGAAAGAUGCAUCUUUACUGCAUCACAGAGAACAACAGCCACGAGCCGCUGGAUCAUUUUGACGAUGUUGACGUGUCGUCUGCUAAAGACGCUCAACCGCUCGCUGUGGAGUCAGGUAAACAGCUGAAGGUGUUUGACGGUGAUGACGCCGUCAAACGAAGCUGCUUUCGUCUCGUCUCCGUUUUGCGAGCGACGAAGAACGAGGACGUCGUGGAGGCAGCGCUGCGGGCCUUCUACCUCCCCGACGACCCUCAGGACUACGAGCUGCACGAGGUGGGCGGUCUGCAGCGUCUCCAUAGCGACGACGUCCUGAACCGUAACAGCGGUCCCGACAACAGGACUCCUCUGAAGGACGGAGGAGACGGCGCGUGGAUGCUACGAGCUAAACGCCGCGACGCCGAGGUCGUCCAGGUGUACACCGGCUGGCCCAGGUCGGGUGCAGAUUUUGUCGUCGUCUCUGUCUCUCAGGACAGCACGGCAGCGUCUGUCCUCGCUGAGGUCCUCAGUCAGACGGACAUGAAGGACGAGGACGUGUCCAAAUUCAGUCUGCAAGAAGUCUACAUGAGCAGCAAGCAAGUGCAGAGACAGACGCUGACACCUCAGGAGAAGAUUCUGGACAAACUGCAGGACAUCAGGAAGACGUCCCUGCGUCAGAUGAACCAGACUCGCUUGUACGUGGUGGACAACAGGAAGUGGGCGGUGCAAGUGGACCUGUUGAUUGUAGGACUGCCCCCCCUGCUGGCCAGAGACGAGUACGUCCAACUGAUGGAGGAGCAUCUGACCAUCAAGAGUCACCUGAUCACCGUCAGCCACGUCUACCCCAGUCAAGGUGCAGUGGUGCUGCAGGUGUCGUGUUUCUCUGAAGCAGAAAGAAUCUUCAUGUUGGUCAAAGACACGUCGGUCAGUGAUAAGACUCUGACGUGUGUCGUCGUCCCCGUGAUCAUGCACAGGAAGCUGGCUGCAGAAGUCUGCCCCCUGCUGGUGUUUGUCAACUCAAAGAGUGGAGGUCUGAAGGGCCGGGAGCUUCUCUACAGCUUCCGGAAGCUUCUGAACCCUCACCAGGUGUUUGAUGUUAAUAAUGGAGGACCACUGGCUGGCCUCCACACCUUCAGAGACGUCCCCAGGUUCCGGGUUCUGGUCUGUGGUGGUGACGGGACGGUGGGCUGGGUGCUGGGAGUCCUGGAGGCGGUCCGACACAAGCUGGUCUGUCGGGAGCCGCCCAUCGGCAUCGUGCCUCUGGGGACAGGGAACGACUUGGCUCGGGUUCUGCGCUGGGGGCCGGGCUACAGCGGCGAGGACCCGUACCACAUCCUGGUCUCUGUGGACGAGGCGGACGAGGUCCUGAUGGACAGAUGGACCAUCCUGCUGGACGCACAGGACAUGAGCGAGGACGGCAAGGACAGCGGCUUCCUGGAGCCGCCCAAGAUCGUUCAGAUGAAUAAUUACUUUGGUUUGGGUAUUGAUGCUGAGCUCAGUCUGGACUUUCAUUUGGCCAGAGAAGGUGAACCAGGAAAGUUCACCAGCAGGUUCCAUAACAAAAGUGUGUAUGUGAAGGUGGGUCUGCAGAAGAUCAGCUCCACCCGCAGUCUCCACAAGGAACUGCAGCUGCAGGUCGACGCCCACAACAUCCCCUUACCCAACAUCGAGGGUCUGAUCUUCCUCAACAUUCCCAGCUGGGGUUCAGGUGCUGAUCUUUGGGGGUCAGAGGUCGACAGUCGUUACGCGAAGCCGAGCAUCGAUGACGGACUGCUGGAGGUCGUCGGGGUCACUGGUGUCGUCCACAUGGGUAAGGUGCAGAGUGGUCUGUGCUCUGGGAUCCGUCUCGCUCAGGGUAACUACGUCCGUCUCAUGGUCAGUAAGUCCAUCCCUGUGCAGGUGGACGGUGAAGCGUGGAUCCAGCCGCCCGGACACGUCAUCAUCUCUGCUGCUGGACCUAAGGUGCGGAUGUUGAGGAAAUCCAAGCAGAAGCAGAAGAAAUCGUCCUCGGGCUAUAAAGAUGGACGCUCGGAGAGUCCGUCCUCCAGAGACGGCGGACAGUGAGCAGCGCCCCCUGCUGUUAACCUGCUUUAUCUUCUUCUUCUCUUUUAUUUUAUUAACGCUGAGGAAAACUUCAGCUGACGCACUGAUUCUGUUUUUAUUUGUUUGUCAACAACAACAACAACGCAAGUAAACAACGCAAAACUUUAAUAAAUAAACAAGCAUAAUUUGGAUGAUUUUACUGUAAAAGUCCAACGACAAAAAACUCACUUUUAUUAUUUUAAAAACGAAAAUAAUAAUCAAAGCAAGAAUGGUUGAAAAUUCCGAUGGUUGCCGUGGCCACGCCCCUUUGAAUCUGCGAUUAUCUUCCACCGAGUUUUGUUUUGGCUUUGUCGUAUCGGGUUUCACCUUUAGGGGGCGCUACUGAGCCAUUUUGCACCACUUUAUUUAUAAAGUGGCAUUAUUUUAUAAAAUUUCUCGCCCAUUCUGAUUAGCUUGUCAAAUCCAUGUGAUCUUUUUGGAAGAAAAACGUUUUAUGCCAGGAAUUCCGAUAUGUCGUCACAAUUCUGUCUCACAGAUGUUGUUGUUGUAAAAUAUGAAAACAAACUUGUCCUGCAGGCUAACUGCUAACGAUCAUGCUCACUGUGUUCAAAUGUUGUGUAUUUCUGAGAAAAGUUCGUACAAACACCGCCCUCUAGUGGUAAAUUUCGUGAGCAUAGCACUCAAAGUUCACAUGUCGUGACACAUCUGUGGAGGCGAGAUUUUCCUCUUUUGUUAAAAUCAUAAACUAAUAAAUCCGUUUUUAUUUUUCGUAACGUUGAUAUUCAACACUUUUUUCCGUUCUUCUUCAUUAUGUUAGCCACAUGCUAGCAUGCUAAAGUAUUAGCCGUUGGAUAGCAUUAGUGUUACCGCCCAUGUUGCUAUCACUCACAUAACAACUGGAAGCUAAACUUCGUAUUUAUUAUGUACGAUGUUCGUCUCCGUGGUAGCAGUUAGCGUAGAAUCUUAGCUGAACAGAAAGUGUCUCUGUUUUACCUCUCGUUGUUAAUAAAGUUGUUGUAAAAAAGGUUUAGCUGCAGCUAACGUUUACUUGAAAAUGUUAAAACGAGAUUUCUUAACGCAACGCGCGGAGCUAGCUAAGAAAACUAGCUCUGUUUAACAAGUAACACAAACUGGUAUUUUAGGCUAGUGGUUAUUCAACAAGCUAACACAUUUGUAAUCGUAACUAUCUGUUAGCAUAGCAUCAAGCUAUAUGUGCCUAAUAAGUAGCUUAAAAACAAGUAGCAUUACUAGCUUAAUGUGCCAAGUAGAUGGAUUGCAAACAUAACUGGAGGCUAACAAGCUAGCCGCUUUGCCAAAUUUAAUCAUGGAAAUUUGUUGCUACAGCUAGCUAAGCAUUUGGCCAAAAUAAAAUUGUUUAUUUUUAAUUAAAGAGCAAAACAAUUCUGUUGAAUAAAAUCAAAAGUUUGAACUUGAGGCAAAAAAACUUGCGUUAAAUUUGUGUCAAUGUUUUUAAAAUUUGUCCAAACGUAAAAAAAAAAGUCUUUAAAUUUAAAUUCAUUGGAUUUUUUUCUUUAGGACAGAAAAGCUUCGUCCACAUUCCCAGAGACGUGUCGUCGUGAGUUCGCACUUCUUUCUGAAGCCACGACAGUAUUUACGUUUGUUUUUAAACGAAAAAACGGAUUCACUUUGUUUUUGGUGCUAAAAAUGUUGGGGUUAUUUAAUCAGAUUACUGCAGCUGGAUUAUGUCUCCGUAUGAAUCUCAUUACUGUAGCUGAUUACUUCAUCUGGAUAAUCUGAUUAAUGUGAUUAUUGUUGAUGGUUAACCGGAUUAAUGCAGUUGAUUCUGUGACUAUGUACAUUUGAUUACUUCAUCUGGAUAAUCUGAUUAGUGCAGGAGUUUGUGGAUUUGAAUGAGCUGAGAUAUUUUUGCUGACUCAUCAGUGGCAUUAACUGUAGAGGAAACUGCUGAGUGUGUGUGUGUGUGUGUGUGUGUGUCUGUUGUCGGUCAGUUGUCUUUUUUUUUUCUUAAUAAGUUCACGUUUAUCAAAAACGCGAUAAAACCACAGAAUUGAACAAACUUCCUGCUUCUCUGUGUAGCCCCCUGGUGGCAGUGGUGUGGUAGAGAUGCUGUGUGUGUGUGUGUGUGUGUAGUGCUUUGUGUGCUAAGCUAACGUGCCUCAGUUCUGUUUCUACCUGAAGUUUUUAUUAAACAGAGUUUUUUUUUGUAUAUUUUUGAAACAGAAGCUGGUUUUAAUUUUAAUGUUUACGUUUUUUUUUCUUACAUUUUAUUGUAAAUUGCACUAAUUAUUUUCCCGUUGCUCUUAGAUGUGACGUUCAGGUUAUUAUUAAUGUUGUAAUAGUACGUAAACAUAAAUCUAUAUAUAUAUAUAAAUAUGUCUAAAUAUCAACAAACUUCUGUGUUUAUUCACAAUAAACUAAAGACAUCAAAGAAAUGACUUUUUCUAUUUU